AUGAUAACAUCAAAAUAUUUUAAUGAUAUUAAAGAUUUUAUUAAUUUAGAAAUAGGAAUUAAAAGAUUUCAAGGAAAUAUGGAACGAUUUCAUUUUAAUCCAAUUUCUUUAAAUGAAUAUUCAAGAAGAUUAUUUCCUAAUAUUGAAACAUUUCAUAUUUAUAAUGAAGAAGAUGAAGAAUUUGAUGAUGGAAGAAUAUUUAAAGAAGUAAUAUGGUAUGCUAUUAGUUAUUCAAAAUAUUUAAAAGAGAAAGGAACAGGAAAUAUAUGUAAAAAUAUAGAAUAUAAACAAAAAGAUAGAAAUAAAUAUGGAAAUACAAUACCAUCAGAAGUUAAAUCACUUGGAAAAGAAUGCUUUUCUAGAUGUUCAUCAUUAACAUCAAUUAAUAUACCUUCAUCUGUUAGUAAAAUAGGAGAUGGUUGUUUUUAUGAAUGUUCAUCAUUAACAUCAAUUAAUAUACCUUCAUCUAUUAAUGAAAUAGGAAUUUGUUGUUUUUAUUUAUGUAAAUCAUUAAAAUCAAUUAAUAUACCUUCAUCUGUUAGUAAAAUAGGAAAUAAUUGUUUUUAUAAAUGUUAUUCAUUAACAUCAAUUAAUAUACCUUCAUCUAUUAAUGAAAUAGGAGAUGAUUGUUUUUAUUUAUGUUCAUCAUUAACAUCAAUUAAUAUACCUUCAUCUAUUACUUCAUUUGGAAAUAAUUGUUUUUCAGGAUGUUCAUCAUUAACAUCAAUUAAUAUACCUUCAUCUGUUAGUAAAAUAGGAGAUGGUUGUUUUUAUGGAUGUUCAUCAUUAAAAUCAAUUAAUAUACCUUCAUCUGUUAGUAAAAUAGGAAAUAAUUGUUUUUAUGGAUGUUAUUCAUUAACAUCAAUUAAUAUACCUUCAUCUAUUAAUGAAAUAGGAGAUGAUUGUUUUUAUAAAUGUUAUUCAUUAAAAUCAAUUAAUAUACCUUCAUCUAUUACUUCAUUUGGAAAUAAUUGUUUUUAUUUAUGUUCAUCAUUAAAAUCAAUUAAUAUACCUUCAUCUAUUAAUGAAAUAGGAGGUGAUUGUUUUUAUGGAUGUUCAUCAUUAACAUCAAUUAAUAUACCAACAGCAAUUAGUAAAAUAGGAAAUAAUUGUUUUUAUAAAUGUUAUUCAUUAACAUCAAUUAAUAUACCUUCAUCUGUUAGUAAAAUAGGAGAUGGUUGUUUUUAUGAAUGUUCAUCAUUAAAAUCAAUUAAUAUACCUUCAUCUAUUAAUGAAAUAGGAGAUGAUUGUUUUUAUAAAUGUUCAUCACUAAAAUCAAUUAAUAUACCUUCAUCUGUUAGUAAAAUAGGAAAUAAUUGUUUUUAUGGAUGUUAUUCAUUAACAUCAAUUAAUAUACCUUCAUCUGUUAGUAAAAUAGGAUAUUAUUGUUUUUAUAAAUGUUAUUCAUUAAAAUCAAUUAAUAUACCUUCAUCUAUUAAUGAAAUAGGAAAUAAUUGUUUUUCAGGAUGUUCAUCAUUAACAUCAAUUAAUAUACCUUCAUCUAUUAGUAAAAUAGGAAUUAAUUGUUUUUCAGGAUGUUCAUCAUUAACAUCAAUUAACAUACCUUCAUCAAUUAUAUCAUUUGGGAGAUCAUGUUUCUAUGGAUGUGGAUAUGUUGAAGAAUUAACACAAAAUAAAAGAAUUCCAAGAAAAUGUUUGAAUGAAGAUUAG